CCACUGUUAGUCUGACUUCACUGGUUGGUCCCAGAGUAUCAGAGACUCGUCCUCAGACAGACGCACACAGAUGGCAGAUCCAGGCUCUCAGCCUCCAGCUGAAACUUCCAGUCCUCCCCCAGCCAGAAGCUCUGACGCUGGGCUGAGAGACUUUGAUCCUUCCCUGGAUCCAGAAAUCCAGGAGGGAGAAGGAGAACAGGACCUCCUUCCUGAUCUGGAGAGGCCUGAGGGAAAGAAAGCUGGAGCAGACAGAGCUUUGAACAAACCUCCUGAGCUUCACCUCCACAAAGGUGUGACAGGUGAAGGACACCGGCGAAUAGGAGGACAGAACCUGAGAGCCAUUAGUCACAUGACUUCAGCUGCUGCCGCCUCACCAACCACUGGCCCCUCGGUGUCUGGUAAAAGGACGAUGCUGCUGUCCAAUGAGGCGAGGAGAGAAGUAGCCAAACAGGCGAGAGCCGUGAAGGAGGAACGGCGGGCAGCUCUGGAUGCCCGACAUAAAUACCUGAUGAGCAGGCUGGCAGACGCCGGCAGCCUGGAGGAGGCGGCGGUGGAAGACGCCAUCGUCUCUGAUGACAGAUUCAGUCUGAUCCAUGAAUUCUUUGCUGCAAACGGAUCCAAGAAGCUGAUUUUCUUCUAUCAGGAUGUCAAACAGAGUCUGUCCUCCCGUCAGUCUUCCUCUGUGGACGCAUCAAACUCAGCUGUGGCUCAGAGGAAACUCUUCCUCACUACAGGGAACUCUGAGCCUUUACUGGGGAAAUGUCUGUUCUUCCUGAGAACCACUGAGAAGGCCAUAACCACCGCGAACGUGCAGCAGGAAGUGAACUUUGGCGUGUUGGACUGCAGCGGCGGCGGCGGCGUCCUGAACAGUCUGGAAACUCUGCUGACUCACAUCAUGUUACCUGCUCUCAGGUCGCAGCAGUCGUGGGGCUCUGUGCAGGACGGCGCCUCGUGUCCACACGUCCGGUCCUUCCUGUCCUCGGUGGAUCAGUUUGUCAGUAAUCUGAGCUCAGCCCGACUGAACAUGGAGAGAAAGUUCCAGCUGCAGCACGUGGAGCUUCCUGAGGCCAUCAGCCAGCUGAGCAGCCCUGCAGACUACAGAGCAGCAGCCAAUAACAGUGAGCUGGUGGAGCGUCUGGAGGAGGUGUUGACCCUGUGGACCAAUCAAAUCAAGCAGGUGCUGACGGAGAGCGAGCAGAUGAGGAAAGAGGCCGACGAUGUCGGGCCGUCGGCCGAGCUGGAGCUCUGGAAGAGCCGCACGGUGACUUUCAACAGGUUGGAGGAAGUGAAGGGCUCUCAGGUGAAGAGGACUCUGGGGGUCCUGCAGGUGGCUCAGUCUCGGUGCCUGCGUGCCUGGAGAGAUCUGGACAGAGACAUCACUGUGGUGGCCAACGAGGCAAAGGACAACGUCAAGUAUCUUUACACCCUCAACAAGUUCUUUGGAUCUGUGGAAAAAUCCACUCCUACCAGGAUGCUGGAGCACAUUCCCAGUCUGAUGAAUGGCAUCAAGAUGAUCCACGUGGUGUCCCAGUACUACAACACCUCAGAGAGGAUGAGCUCACUGCUGCUCAAGGUCACCAACCAGAUGAUCAGCACCUGCAGGAGCUACCUGCUGCAGGGCGUGAGGCGUGUCUGGGAGCACAGCAGGCCAGUGCUGCUGCAGCGAAUCUCUGACUGCUGUAAUCUGAAUGCGGCGUAUCAGCGAAGCUUCCACAGCGUCAGAGACAAACUGAGAGAAAACCCUGAGAACAGACAGUUUGACUUCAGUGAGAACUACAUCUUCGGGAAGUUUGACUCUUUCUGCCGCCGUCUGGAGAAGAUUGCCGGCAUGGCGUCCACGCUGGAGAGCCUGGCUGCUCUGCAGAGCAUGAAGGUGGAGGGCGUGGAGAAUAUCUGUGUUCGCUACCAGACCAUCGUCUCCACAACUGAAUCCAAGACCUGUGACGUCCUGGAUCACCGCAAACUGGAGUUUGACAGAGACUAUGCAGACUUCCAGCUCCAGGUUCAGAGUGUGUUCCAGUGUCUUCGGUCUCUGCUGGACGUCUGGUUCAGCCGGUCUGUCUCUACGCAGAGAUUGCUGGAGCUGUUGGCCAUGUUUGAGUCGGGUCCGCUGGCUCGCUUGGACCUGAGGCAGUACUACCUGCUGCUGCUGCAGCGCUACAGCCGAGAUCUGGAGCUGCUGAGGAAGACCUACCAGAAACACAAGGACCGGCCGCCCAUCGGACGCAACCUGCCGCCGGUGUCAGGCAGGGUCCUUUGGAGCCGGCAGCUCUUCAGCAAGGUUGAAGCUCCGAUGUUGAUCCUGAAGAAGAAGCUUGACUUCCUGAAGGGACCAGAGAUGACUAAAGUCAUCCGGAGCUACAACCAGCUGGCUGUGGUGUUGCUGCAGUACGAGGUGCUGCACCUGCAGGGGUGGAGUAAGGCUGCAGAGAGCGCGCCACGCUGCCUGAGCGCCGCCCUGCUGGUCCGACAUGAAGACAGCAAGGAGGUCUCGGUGAACCUGGACCCUGUGGUGCUGGAGGUGCUGCAGGAAGCUCGGUGGAUGACCAAACUGGGCGUGAGCGUGCCAAAGGUCAUCCAGAAGAUGACCUCCAGGGAACCACGGCUCAGAGAUUUGUACAGCCGGCUGCUGGAGAUGCUCCAGGACUACAGCUCUGUGGUAGGCAGGGUCCCGCCUCUCCUCCUCCCCCUCAUGCAGCCUUUCAUUGGCCGUGUGGAGGCAGCUCUCUCCCCUGGGCUCACCUCACUGUCCUGGACUGCUCUCAACACUGAGCGGUUCCUGCAGAAUGUGUAUGUGGCUCUCAAAGACCUGGAUCUGGUGGCCAAAAUGGCGACAGACCUGCUGGACUGUCGCAUUGGCCGGCUGCUUCGGGCCAUGUCGUCCUGCCGUCUGCUGGUCCUUCCUGAAGACUCGUCUGUGUCGGCGCAGGACCUCCUGCUACAGACAGGAAGCUUGGUCCAAGCUGCUGCUGUCACCCUGAGCUGGCAGAGUCAGCAGGUGGAGAGGUACGUGUACGAACUGAUCGAGGAGCUGAAGAGGAAGAUGAAGACUGUGGAGACUGUUAAUCUCCAGUGUCUCCAUCCAGACUCCAAACAUCAGACUCGCUGUCUGUCGUGUCUCCCUUGUCGUUUCUACAACCUGAUUGGUCAGCUCUGUUACCGCAGCACUGAAGCUCUGGUCAAAGCCACCAGAUCCUCCCUGGAGGCCCUGAGGAGCAGACUUCAUGUCUCCAAACAACAACCACACUUUUCCUUGGUGUCUUCCUCCAGCAGUGCCCAGCCAGCUCCUCCUCCACCUCUCCUCACAACCUCCAUCCAGCUUGCAAUCCCCAACAUGGUCCUCAGACCCAGUCUGGAUGACAUUCAGUCUGUGGUGAAUAAGCUGGUGGGCGUCGUGCUGUCUGUGACCAAAGACAUCCCUCUGUGGACUUACUCUCACCUGCAGUACAAACAGCAGCAGGUGGAGCAGGUGGCAGGUUGUAGUGGAGGAGAGGACGUGGCAGUGAAGCCAGUGGUGCUGCGAGCGCUGGACAGACAGCUGGCUGAACACAAAGACAUCAGCAGGUUGGUGAUGCAGCUCAGCUCCAUUGUGUCACACCUGAAGGCUCAGGCUGCCGAAACCCUGAAUGACCUCGGCCACUUCUCCACCCUGUGGAACCAGGACCCAGAGGAGCAGGUGCAGGCCUUCUUGCAGUCCGACCCCUCCCUGACAGAGUUCAGCGCUCAGAUCUGCUUCUACUCUAGGCUGGAGGUGCAGAUUUCGGAGCUACCUGCGUUUUACACAGCGGGUUCGAUCCUGUUGGACACCGACCAGCUGAAGCGUUCGCUCACUCACGAGUGUCACAACUGGAAACGAGCUUUUGGCGCCGCUCUGAACCGCCGAGCGUCCACCGACAUGAACGACAUCCUGUUGUUCGUGGACACACUCACGAAACGUCUGCAGCGUCCAAUCUCAGACCUGGAUGAUGUCAGAGCAGCCAUGGCUGCGCUCAGAGAGAUUCGGGAGGCGGAGUUUCACAUCGACGCCACCAUCGGGCCGGUGGAGGAAUCCUUCGCCCUGCUGAACAGACACGAGUUGCUCUUUGGUGACGGGAACGGCGAGCGCGUGGACGGCCUGACGUACGCCUGGAAGAACCUCACUGACCUGGUGGUGCAGACCCAGAACACUCUGGUGCAGAUUCAGCCCAGCAUGAAGACAGACCUGCUGUCUGCAGUGCAGAGCCUCCAGAGCCAGGCUCAGAGCUUCUGCACUGACUACAACCAAAGGGGCCCGGGGGUGGAGGGCUUGGCCCCGGCUGAAGCCAGCGAGCGGCUGCAGAGUUUUCAGGCAGAGUUCGAUCAGCUGUGGAGAAAGUACACCACCUGCUCAGGUGGAGAGGAGCUGUUCGGGCUGCCUGUGAACGAGUAUCCGGAGCUGCAGAGGAUCCGGAGGGAGCUCUCCCUGCUGUCCAAACUCUACAGUCUGUACAGCUCGGUCACCGACAGCGUCGCCGUCUACUACGACAUCCUGUGGGCUGACCUCAACAUUGAGAAGAUCAGCGCGGCGCUGCAGGACUUCCAGAACAGGAUCAGGAAGCUCCCACAGGCCCUGAAGGAGUGGCAGGCCUUCAGAGAUCUGAAGAAAACCAUCGAUGACUUCACAGAGACGUGUCCUCUGCUCUACAUGAUGGCCAACAAGGCGAUGCUGCACAGGCACUGGACUCGUCUCAGCGAUGUGACCGGUCACAGCUUCCAGGUGGACUCUGACAGUUUCUGCCUGAGAAACAUUAUAGAGGCUCCGCUGCUGAAACACAGAGAGGACAUCGAGGACGUUUGCAUCAGCGCGGUGAAGGAGCGCGACAUCGAGGCCAAGCUGAAGGACGUGGUGGCCGAGUGGAGCAGCCACACGCUCAGCUUCAGCACCUUCAGGAGCAGAGGAGAACUGCUGCUGAAAGGAGCCGAGACCGCAGAGAAAAUCUCCAUGAUGGAGGACAGCCUGAUGGUGCUGACGUCCCUGCUGAGCAACAGGUACAACGCUCCGUACAAGCCCUCCAUCCAGCUGUGGGUUCAGAAACUCUCCAACACCUCAGAGAUCAUCGAGAAGUGGCUGUCGGUUCAAAACCUCUGGAUCUACCUUGAAGCGGUGUUUGUGGGUGGAGACAUCGCCAAGCAGCUGCCUCAGGAAGCCAAACGUUUCCAGAACAUCGACAAAUCGUGGCAGAGGAUCAUGCAGCGAGCGCACGAGAUUCCCAACGUGGUGCAAUGCUGCGUGGGAGAGGAGACGCUCAGCCAGCUGCUCCCUCACCUGCUGGAGCAGUUGGAGCUCUGUCAGAAGUCUCUUUCCGGUUACCUGGAGAAGAAACGGUUGGUGUUCCCUCGUUUUUUCUUCGUGUCCGACCCCGCCCUGCUGGAGAUUCUGGGCCAAGCCUCUGACUCACACACUAUACAGGCUCAUCUGCUCAGUCUGUUCGAUAACAUUAACAGAGUUGUUUUCAAUGAGAAAAUCUACGACCAGAUGAUCAGUUUCCAGUCCCAAGAAGGAGAAACUGUGGAACUGGGCCAGCCAGUGCUGGCACAGGGGAAUGUGGAGGUGUGGUUAGGAGAGCUGCUAGCUGGGGUGAGGGAAACCCUUCAUGCUAUCAUCCGUCAGGCUUACCUGGCCAUCAGUGACUCCGCCUUUAAGCUGCUGGAGUUCCAGUCGGCGUUCCCGGCUCAGAUUGGCCUGCUGGGAAUCCAGAUGAUCUGGACGAGAAACGCAGAAGAAGCACUCGUCCUCAGCAAGUCGGACAAGAAGAUCAUGCAAACGACCAAUCAGAAGUUCCUGGACCUCCUCAAUGAGCUCAUCGACAUGACCACUCGAGAGCUGAGCAGGAACGAAAGGACCAAAUAUGAGACGCUGAUCACCAUCCACGUCCACCAGAGAGACAUUUUCGAUGAUCUGGUGAGGAUGAACGUGCGCUCGGCUUCAGACUUCGAAUGGCAGAAACAGUCGAGGUUUUACUUCCUGGAGGAGACUGACAGAUGUGUCAUCCAGAUCACAGAUGUGGAGUUCAGCUACUGUAAUGAAUACCUGGGCUGCACAGACAGGCUGGUCAUCACCCCGCUGACAGACAGGUGUUACAUCACUCUGUCCCAGGCUCUGGGGAUGAGUAUGGGCGGAGCUCCGGCCGGACCAGCAGGAACAGGUAAAACGGAGACCACUAAAGACAUGGGUCGCUGUCUGGGGAAGUAUGUGGUGGUCUUUAACUGUUCGGACCAGAUGGACUACAGAGGACUGGGACGCAUCUACAAAGGUCUGGCUCAGUCCGGAGCCUGGGGCUGCUUUGAUGAGUUUAACCGCAUCGAGCUGCCGGUGCUUUCUGUCGCCGCCCAGCAGAUCUACAUCGUGCUGCAGUGUAAGAAGAACAAGAAGAAGCAGUUUGUCUUCACCGACGGAGAUGUGGUCGACAUGGAUCCCGAGUUCGGCAUCUUCCUCACCAUGAAUCCCGGUUACGCCGGCCGUCAGGAGCUGCCUGAAAACCUGAAGAUUCAGUUCCGUACAGUAGCCAUGAUGGUCCCGGACCGAGCCAUCAUCAUGAGGGUUAAAUUGGCCAGUGCUGGUUUCCGUGACAACCAGGUCCUAAGCAGGAAGUUCUACACCCUCUACAAACUGUGUGAGGAGCAGCUGUCCAAACAGGUCCAUUAUGAUUUCGGUCUGAGGAACAUUUUGUCAGUUUUGAGGACGUUGGGAGCUGUGAAGCGAUCUAACCCGUCAGAACCAGAGAAGACCGUGGUGAUGAGGGUCCUGAGGGACAUGAACCUCUCCAAACUGGUGGACGAGGACGAGCCUCUGUUUAUGAGUCUGAUCAAUGACCUGUUUCCUGGCAUUGUUCUGGAUAAAGCCGGUUAUCCAGACUUGGAGUCGGCCAUCUUUAAUCAGGCUCAGCGCGGUCUGAUCCCUCACCUGCCCUGGAUCCUCAAACUGGUCCAGCUCUAUGAGCUGUCCUGUGCUCGUGCAGGUAUGAUGACGCUGGGUCCGAGCGGUGCUGGGAAGACGGCGUGCAUCCACACGCUGAUGAAGGCCAUGUCUGAAUGCGGCUCGCCCCACCGAGAGAUGAGGAUGAACCCCAAAGCCAUCACAGCCUCGCAGAUGUUCGGCAUGCUGGACGUGACUACCAACGACUGGACGGACGGCAUUUUCUCCACACUGUGGAGGAAAACUCUGAAAGGCAAAAAGGGGGAAUACAUCUGGAUUGUGCUGGAUGGUCCGGUGGAUGCCAUCUGGAUCGAGAAUCUGAACUCCGUUUUAGACGACAACAAAACUCUGACGCUGGCAAAUGGCGAUCGAAUCCCCAUGGCUCCCUGCUGCAAGAUUGUCUUUGAGCCCCACAACAUCGACAACGCCUCCCCAGCCACUGUGUCCAGGAAUGGGAUGGUGUUCAUGAGCUCGUCAGUGCUCAGCUGGAGGCCCAUCCUGCAGGCCUGGUUACAGAAACUAGCAGAGCAGCAGGCCAGCGCUCUGAAACACUGCUUCGACUGCUGCUACCAGGACUUGUUGGACUUUGUCUUCACUGCUGUGUCCCCUAAGAUGCAGGUGCUGGAGUGUAUGUACAUCAAACAGACUAUUGACCUGCUGCAGGGUUUGCUCCCAGCAGCGCAGGACAAACAGGGUGGCCAUGAUCAUGUGGGACGCAUGUUUGUCUUUGCAGUCAUGUGGUCUCUGGGUGCACUGCUGGAGCUGGAUGACAGAGCCAAGAUGGAGGCCUUCCUGAAGGGCCACAGCUCAUCUCUGGACCUGCCACCCACUCAGGACGACCAGACCAUCUUUGAGUUCACCGUCAGCGAGCAGGGACACUGGGAGCACUGGUCCAACAAGGUCCCAGAGUAUGUCUACCCCAAAGACCAUGUCCCUGACUACUCGUCCAUCCUGGUUCCCAACGUAGACAACGUGAGGACGGACUUCCUGAUGCAGACCAUCAUGAAGCAGAGGAAGGCCGUGCUGCUGAUCGGAGAGCAAGGAACAGCCAAGACCGUCAUGAUUAAAGGCUACACUGGAAAGCUCGACCCAGAGCUCCACCUCAGUAAGACGGUGAACUUCUCUUCGGCCACGCUGCCCGGCAUGUUCCAGAGGACGCUCGAGAGCUACAUCGACAAACGCAUGGGCACCACCUACGGGCCGCCAGCCGGACGCAGGAUGACCGUCUUCAUAGACGACAUCAACAUGCCCAUAAUCAACGAAUGGGGCGACCAGAUAACCAAUGAGAUUGUGCGUCAGCUGAUGGAGCAGGGAGGUUUCUACAGCCUGGAUCGUCCAGGAGAGUUCAUCACUGUGGUGGAUGUUCAGCUGGCGGCAGCCAUGAUUCACCCCGGCGGCGGCCGGAACGACAUCCCUCAGCGUCUGAAGCGCCAGUUCUCUAUCUUUAACUGCACGCUGCCCUCCAACUCCUCCAUCGAUAAGAUCUUUGGCACUGUGGCUCAGGGCUACUUCUGCCCAGAGAGAGGCUUCCCGCCCGUGUGCCAGCUCGCCGCCGCCCUCGUCCCCACCACCAGGCGGGUGUGGCAGGCCGUGAAGGCGAAGAUGUUACCGUCUCCUGCAAAGUUUCACUACAUCUUCAACCUGCGUGACCUCAGCAGAAUCUGGCAGGGGAUCCUCACGGUGAAGUCAGAGGUGUGUCAGAGCUCUGAGCUCCUCUCGGCUCUCUUCCAUCACGAGUGCUGCAGAGCGAUCGCCGAUCGAUUCGUCGACAGCGGCGACAGACAAGCGUUCGGCAGCAUCGUGGAGACGGUCACAGUGGAGGAUCAUGGGAGAGCUCUGACUGAGCAUGCUCAGUGGAACAGCUGCUUUGUGGACUUCCUGCGUGAAGCCCCGGAGGCAACGGGAGAUGAACCUGAAGACGCUGAGCUGGAGGCUCCGAAGGUGUACGAGCCAAUCCCAUCGCUGGACCUUCUGGCAGAGCGGCUGUCGGUUUUUCAGCAGCAGUACAACGAGGUGGUGAGAGGCGGAGCCAUGGACCUGGACGCGAUGAUCCACCUGAUGAGGAUCUCACGCAUCCUGAGGGCGCCACAAGGAAGCGCCCUGCUGGUCGGGGGUGGGAGGGUCGGGAAGCAGAGCCUGGCGAGGCUCGCGUCGUUCAUCGCAGGAUACCAAACCUUCCAGAUCACACUGAGCAGGUCGUACAGCAGCAGUAACCUGCUGGAGGAUCUGAAGUCUCUGUAUCGGAUCGCAGGUCAGCGCGGGAAAGGCGUCACCUUCCUGUUCAGCGACAAUGACAUCAAAGAAGAAGCCUUCCUGGAAUACAUGAACAACGUCCUGGCGAGCGGUGAAGUUUCCAACCUGUUUGCUCGAGACGAGCUGGAUGACAUCACUCAGGACCUGAUUCCCGUGAUGAAGCGCCAGCAUCCUCGCCGCCCGCCAACACCUGAGAACCUCUACGACUUUUUCCUGUCCCGCGUGCGGAGCAACCUCCACGUGGUCCUCUGUUUCUCGCCUGUCGGGGAGAAGUUUCGCUCUCGUGCCUUAAAGUUCCCGGGUCUGAUUUCCGGCUGCACAGUGGACUGGUUCCAGCGUUGGCCUCAGGACGCCCUCAUCGCUGUAUCGCAUCACUUCCUGUCUCAGUACCAGGACCUCCGCUGCUCAGAGGACAUCAAGCAAAGCGUUGUGGUUACCAUGGGAACCUUCCAGGACCUGGUGGCAGAGAAGUGCGGCGAGUACUUUGAGCGUUUCCGCCGCCAGACGUUUGUGACGCCUAAGUCCUACCUGUCCUUCAUCGACAGCUACAAGCUGGUCUACACGGAGAAGAUCGCUCACGUCGGCACGCUGGAGCGCAUGCAGACAGGUCUGUGUAAACUGAUGGAGGCGGAGCAGUCGGUGUCUCAGCUCUCUGAGGAGUUGCUGGUGAAGGAGAAGGAGCUCGCCGUCGCCUCCCAGAGGGCAGACCAGGUCCUGCAGGAGGUCACGGCCAAAGCUCAGGCUGCCGAAAAGGUGAAGCAGCAGGUGCAGAAGGUGAAGGAUAAAGCUCAGCUCAUCGUGGACGAGAUCGAAGCCGAUAAAAUGGCAGCAGAGUCCAAACUGGAGGCUGCGAAACCGGCUCUGCAGGCUGCUGAGGCUGCCCUACAGACCAUCAAACCAGCAGACAUCUCCACGGUGAGGAAGCUGCAGAAGCCUCCUCAUCUCAUCAUGAGGAUCAUGGACGCCGUGCUGCUGCUGUUCCAGAGAAAGGUCGACGCCGUGACCUCUGACCCCGAACGACCUUGUCCCAGACCGUCGUGGGCCGAGGCGAUGAAGCUGAUGCAGAACUCGGCCUUCCUCAGCAGCCUGCUGAACUUCAGCAAGGACUCCAUCACAGAGGAGGUGGUGGAGCUGCUCGCUCCUUACCUCCACAUGGACGACUACAACAUGGAGACGGCCAAGAGGAUCUGUGGGAACGUGGCGGGGCUCUGCUCCUGGACUCAGGCCAUGGUCGACUUCUUCAGCAUCAACAAGGAGGUUCUUCCUCUGAAGGCUAACCUGGCCAUGCAGGAGGCCCGUCUGCUGGUGGCUCAGGCUGAACUCACUAAGGCUCAGGAAGAGCUGGAUGCUAAACAGCUGGAGCUGGACGCAGUGCAGGCGCUUUACGACGCUGCCAUGAAGGAGAAGCAGGACCUGGAGGAUGACGCCCAGGCCUGCCGCCGGAAGAUGGCCAACGCACGCGCUCUGAUCGACGGCCUGGGAGGAGAAAAGGUCCGUUGGACCGACAGCAGCGCGGGGUUUCAGACUCAGAUCAAACACCUGGUGGGGGACGUCCUUCUGGCCACAGGCUUCCUGUCUUACGCCGGCCCCUUUAACCAGGAGUACCGCAGCCUGCUGCUGACGCUGUGGAGGAAAGAGAUGGAGAAGCUCCUCCCCUUCAGUCCCGUGAAGGUUGGAGACAAGGAGGUGGAUGUAAUGAAGGGCUUCACGCUCUACAUCACCACCAAGAUGGCCAACCCAGCAUACAGCCCUGAGGUCAGCGCCAGGGCGGCCGUGGUGGACUUCACCGUCACUCAGAGAGGCCUGGAGGACCAGCUGCUGGGACGGGUCAUCCUGCUGGAGAAGCAGGAGAUGGAGGCAGAGCGAGUGAAGCUCCUGGAGGAGGUGACGUCCAACAAGAGGAAGAUGCAGGAGCUGGAGGACAGCCUGCUGUUCAGGCUCACCAGCACACAGGGCUCGCUGGUGGAGGACCAGUCUCUGAUCGAGGUGCUGAGCGUCACCAAGAUCACCGCUCAGGAGGUAAGUGAGAAGCUGACGGUUGCCGCGGAGACAGAGGUGAAGAUUAACCAGGCCAGGGAGGAGUACCGACCAGUGGCCACCAGGGGGAGCAUCCUGUACUUCCUGAUUGUGGAGAUGUCGCUGGUGAACGUCAUGUACCAGACGUCGCUGCGGCAGUUCCUCGGGCUUUUUGAUUCGUCCAUGCAGAACUCGGCCAGGUCGCAGGUCACCUCCAAACGCAUUAGCAACAUCAUCAGCUUCCUCACCUACCAGGUGUACCGUUACACAGCCAGAGGUCUGUACGAGGAACACAAGCUGCUCUUCACUCUGCUGUUGGCUCUAAAGAUCGACCUGCAGGCCCGAAUCAUCUCGCACGUGGAGGUGCUCACCUUCAUCAAAGGCGGAGCCUCUCUGGACCUCAACUCUGUAGAAUCGAAGCCACGGCGCUGGAUCCUGGACCAGAUCUGGCUGAACCUGGUGCAGCUGUCCAGCCUGCCUGCCUUCUUCCAGAUUGUGAACCAGGUGAACCAGAACGAGCGUGCCUGGAAAGCGUGGUUCGACCAUCCGGCGCCAGAAGACGCCCCGCUGCCCGAUGGCUACGAGGAGAAGCUCGACACCUUCCGGAAGCUUCUGCUCAUCCGGAGCUGGUGCCCCGACCGGACCAUCGCUCAGGCGCGGCGCUACAUCUCAGAGUCUCUGGGCCAACAGUACGCCGAAGGCUCGGUCCUGGACUUGGACGCCAUGUUGGCAGAGAGCAACAACCGAACGCCGAUGGUGUGUCUGCUGUCGAUGGGCUCCGACCCGACUGAGAACAUCGAGAGAUUAGCCAAGAAUAAGGGGGCGCCGUGCCAUCCCAUCUCCAUGGGUCAGGGCCAAGAGGUUCACGCUCGCAGGCUAUUGGCCAACAGCAUGCUGGAUGGCGGCUGGCUCCUCCUCCAGAACUGCCACCUGGGACUGGACUUCCUGGAUGAGCUGCUGGAGACGGUCACAACAGCGGUGCCGGAGAGCGUGCACAAAGAUUUCCGAGUGUGGCUGACGACCGACGUGCACCCCAGGUUCCCCAUCACCUUCCUUCAGUCCUCCAUCAAGUUCACCAAUGAACCUCCUCUCGGCAUGAAAGCUGGUCUGAAGAGGACUUUUAAUGGUGUCACUCAGGACCAGCUGGAGAUCAGCAACCUGCCUCAGUGGAAGCCUCUGCUGUACGCUGUGGCCUUCCUCCACACCACCGUGCAGGAGCGUCGUAAGUUCGGUCCGCUCGGCUGGAACAUCCCCUACGAGUUCAACCAGGCAGAUUUUACCUCCAGCAUCCAGUUUGUGCAGAACCACCUGGACAACCUGGACAUGAAGCGAGGCGUGAACUGGAGCUGUCUGCGCUACAUGCUCGGUGAAGUCCAGUAUGGCGGUCGGGUGACGGAUGACUUGGACAAACGGCUCCUCAACACGUUCACGCAUGUCUGGUUCAGUGAGAGCACCUUCAGUGAAGCAUUCUGCUUCUUUAAGGGCUACAGCAUCCCUGCCAAGGCCAAGAGCAUCCAGGAGGUCCUGCAGCACAUCGAGGGGCUGCCGCUGGUCGACUCACCGGAGGUGUUUGGACUCCACCCCAACGCUGACAUCACCUAUCAGACCAACCUGACGAAUGACACGCUCAGCACCAUAACCAACAUCCAACCGAAGGACACCGGAGGCGGGGCCGGGGAGACCAGGGAGGACACUGUGCAGAGACUAGCCAAUGAGAUGCUGGAGAAGCUGCCACCUGACUACAUCCCACAUGAGGUCAAAGGUCAACUCCAGAAGAUGGGUCCUCUUCAGCCAAUGAACAUCUUCCUCCGACAGGAGUUGGACCGAAUGCAGCGUGUCAUCAGCAGCGUACGGAGCAUGCUCACUGACCUCAGACUGGCCAUCGAUGGGACCAUCAUCAUGUCUGAAGACUUGCGCGACGCCCUCGACAGCAUGUUCGAUGCUCGGAUCCCGCGCCUGUGGCUGAGGCUCAGCUGGCCGUCGGCCACACUUGGCUUCUGGUUCAGCGAGCUGCUGGAGAGGAACCAGCAGCUCAGCGCGUGGAUCAGCGCCGGGCGGCCCAACCAGUUCUGGCUCACCGCCUUCUUCAACCCGCAGGGUUUCCUGACCGCCAUGCGCCAGGAGACGACACGCUCCAACCUGUCCAGGGGCUGGGCCUUGGACACGGUCACCCUUAGCAACAAUGUCACCAAGAUGAUGAGGGAGGACGUCUCAGCUCCGCCCCCUGAAGAUGUGGGUGGAGUCUAUAUCUAUGGCCUCUUUCUGGAUGGAGCGGGAUGGGACAGACGUGGCGCCAAACUCGCUGAGGCUCCGCCCAAAGUCCUCUUCACCCCCCUCCCUGUGGUCCACGUCUUGCCCGUCAGCUCAGCCAACAUGGCCGACAGUAAGCGUCCCCUGGCGGCGGAGGGCGGUCAGCCUCUGAGGCGUGCAGCCGCCCAGCGCUGGACGCUGCGAGGCGCCGCGCUGCUCUGCGACUGCAAGUGA